CGCUCGGAAUUCCUCCGCGGUAAUCGGACCAGCUGCCCCGCAUACGUCACUUGUGUGCGGUACGGACCCCUGGAUCCUGAUUGGCUAGCAUCCUCAGCUUCAAAAAACCUUAAUUGUUGCGUCUUGUUGUUUUUGGAGAAACGAUUAAAAUAACGAAGCCGAUAACCGGAGAUGGAGACCCCAAUUAUGGAAACAGAAGGCUCUAUUUUUGCGUGACGUUUGACACAGCUUGGUGGCGAUUGCCAGACUGCCUCAAAAGCAAUUCACGGGCAAGAUACGGUGCAAUUGGAGAAAAUUGUUUGCUAGGAAACGUGCAUUUCAAAGACCUGGCGGAGUAGAAAAGACCGCACCGGCCCACUUGGGCAGGGUCCUAGAUCACCUCCAAAUAUCCUGGAGCGAAUGAGCUCAACGGAACAAUGCACUACAUUCGUUUCCUCAAGCCUCCGCAGAUAACCCGGGAUGCCAAAGUACCUGACCACCACAUACUUUAUGCCAAGAUAACCGUCGUCAACGACUUGGGAGAAAGCUUCUUAUGGUGCGAUAUACCCAUCGAGGCUACCAUUCGGGACAGCAAUGGCGUGACCGUCGCCACGCAAAGCCUUGUGUGGAAGUGCGAGAAGAGACAGCUGGAAGUGAGGCUAGCAUUGAGCGAAAAGAAGGCAAGAAAGGAAAAAUAUAAGCCACCUUAUCAACUCAGCGUGUGGCCUUCCACAGGAGACUUCACGCCUUAUAACUUGGCAAAGGUGCUCAGCAUAAACAGAGGGCAGACUAAUCGACCAGCGGAUGGCGCCGUUUUACGCGGGUUGAGCGCCACCUUCAAGGCCACGGCGGAAUCCAUUCGUCCUGUAAUUUACAGGCACUUCAAAUUGAAUGGCGGGGUCACUAUGAGUAUUGACGAGGAUACAGGGGAAAGUAUUGCGAGGCAUAUAUGGGACGCUGGUGUCAUCCUCUCAGCCCUCCUCGAGGAGCUAAGCCUGCCUUCCAGCACCCCCCCACCGGGUCUCCGAUUACUGGGCGACCUGAUCAAAACCGUACCACAACCCUCUGUCCUUGAACUGGGUACUGGUUGCGGAAUCGUCGCCAUCACAUUUGCACUCUCCGUCCCAGAUUCUCGCAUAAUUGCCACCGAUCUGGAGGAAGCCGCCGAAGUCGCAUCUGAUAAUCUCGAGCAAGCCACCAACACGUCUUACAUGAACCUCGAUUGGUCAGAGCCACUACCACUGAGAGUUGCGCAUGAGAACUUUGACUUGAUCCUGGUGGCGGACUGCACAUACAACCCAGACGUGGUCCCCUAUCUCGUCUCAACGCUAGCCAAGUUGAUCAAGAAAUCACCAUCGGUGUUGAUAUGCCUGGCCAUGAAAGUGCGCCAUGCCAGCGAGGCGGUAUUCUUCGACCUCAUGAAGGAGCACGGCAUUGUGCAGGUUGGUAAACACAGUGAGAGGGUGGGGAACUUGGGCGACGAAGACGAAUCCGUCGAUAUUUAUUUGUUUAAGGGUGCAGAGGCGGCGAAGGUCUUAAAACGCGUGUCUGGUUUGGUUUAAGAAAAGACGUCAUUUGUUUUGAUGUUGUUGGUUUGGUUUUCGCGGAGAUGAGACAUACGCGUGUGUUAGACGGAUACCCUUUCUAUUGAUUGAUAGACUCGGAUCAGAUGAUGAUGCAUGAUACCUAAGAAAUUA